AUGAGCGCCAUCUCAGCCGUCUUUCUUGUCCUCAUCACCAUUUUCUUUCCCCCCGUCGGUGUAUGGGCUGUCUCAGGAUGUGGAAUGGAUCUAUUCAUCAACAUCUGCCUAACCCUGCUGGGCUUCAUCCCGGGUCACAUCCAUGCCUUCUACCUCGAGUACGUCUACUACGACCGCCGAGAGCAGGCGCGCGAGGGCCGCCUUGCGACAGGACCUGCCCCUGGCGUGUACUCUGAUAAUGUGCAGACUGGAGGACAGGGCUACGGAACGAUUGGACAUACAGCUUAA